AUGCCAGACCGUCGCUGGGCCAAGCUCAAGGCAAAGCUGUUAUUGCGGCGAUCGUCGUCAACAUCGUCCGUUCCCGCCGCCACCAGCGACAUUGUUGCCGAGAACAAUCCCCAUGAUGCCCACGCCCAACAGAGUUGCGCCCCCGGACAAUUGAACGAUUCGAUCGCGGAUUGUCCCCCAGCGCGACCCAUCAGUUCCAACCGGCGCGCGGUAUCAUUACAAGCUGUGCCCCAAGCCUUGAAGCUAAUAAAGAAGGAGGAGGAGAAGGAAGAGAGGCCAGAAGAGGAGGACGAUCGGGCGAGUGCAGCUGAAGGGAGGCGGACAUCGGUGAUUGGCUCGAAAGGCGGGCGGUCGAGGGGAUCGUUGGAGGAGGAAGAAAAGCAGGUCGAGAAGUUGGAGAACUGCAACUUCAAAUCGAAAUCCUCCUCUCCCCCCGAACCGGUCGCGGAACAACGUGAGGGACAACGGCACUCGCUCCUCGUUCCUCCAGGUGCCGGUGCUGGUGCUGGUCCCAGUGCUUCCCCCCAGCGUCAGCAAUUGGACGCGACGACUUCUUGCGAUCGUGUUCGCCCCGCGCCCUACAGGCGUCACAGUCACGGUCCCUUUUCCGAGCACGUCCUUUCCCCACCCCCGACAACUCUAUCGCCAGAUCUGCUCCCUUCGCCUUCUCCUACCCCUCCUCCCCCUGUCUCUGAUCGUGGUGUUCUUUCAGCCUCCUUUCAGUUUGGCCAAACUCAAGGCUCCGAUCGCCUGGGGCCUACGGUCGCGGAGCCGCAGUUGCCCGUGUUGGAUGUCGUUGCGGAGAAUCCGUCGGUCGAACCAGAAUUUCAGCCCUCCUCCAACCAUACUCCCGCUCCUCCCUUCCCAAAGCGUCCCAGUCUAGGCUCCCGUCGUCAGUCGCUGCUGGCCCCGUCUCAUCAACACCUGAUCAACAGCCUGUUGGAUCCCGGUUUGACCGCAGAGCCUGAGACUAACGGUAACGGUCGCUCCGCCACCUACAGUACAGGCAUGUCUCGCAAGAUCUGGGUCAAGCGGCCAGGCGGGUCGGCCACCUUGGUCCCCAUCUCGCUCGAUAGCUUGGUUGAUGAGCUACGGGACCAGGUGAUCCUGAAGUACUCGAACUCGCUUGGUAGAACCUUCGAUGCCCCCGACAUUGUCAUUCGCAUUACUCCGCGAGAUGGAUCGAAUAGGCAGGCUACUCCUGAUCGGAUGCUAAGCCCGGAGGAGCCGCUGGCAAGCGUGGUGGACUCAUAUUACCCGGGUGGUCAAGCUAUCGAGGAAGCUUUGAUUAUCGAUAUCCCUUCGCGUCGCACUCCAAAGCCUUCUCCACGCCAUUCGGUAUACUACAACCACCAUCAUUCCGAGCCGGGCGAGCAUGGCGAGUACUUUCCGCUCAUGCCGGCGAAUCCCAGUGUUCCCACGCCGCCGACGCAUCCGUCGACUUCGUCCGCCAGUGUUAAUGCUCAUCCCGCCCCAUCAAUAUCAAUACUGACAACAGGAAUGGCCCCUCCGCUGCCCUCGCCAGGGAGUCGCGGGACUCGACAUCCCCGUCGGCCGCCUCUAACUCGUCAUGCCACAAACUCACCCACCAUCCUCAAUCAGGCGCCAACAGCGAAAGACCCCGGGAUCGUCCCCAACAGUAUCCCUCCGCAGCCUGCUCCGUCCAUCCCUACUCCGCCAGGCCCGCCGCCAGAAUCCCCGCAGGCCAAAUCUCUCACCCCUCCAGCACGCGGGGCAUCCCCGCGUCCACGCCCCUCCACAUCCUCCGCGAAGCCGAAGAAGACCAGCGCAGCACAAGCAUUGAGCGGGGUCUUUGGAGGCCUCAUCGAGGGCACGGUACCGCCCAUCAACGUCUUGAUCGUAGAGGACAAUAACAUCAACCAACGUCUCUUGGAAGCGUUUAUGAAACGCCUCAGCGUCCGCUGGAAGUGCGCGGCGAACGGUGAAGAGGCGGUGAAUAAGUGGCGCCAGGGUGGUUUUCAUCUUGUCUUGAUGGAUAUCCAAUUGCCCGUCAUGAACGGCCUGGAUGCGACCAAGGAGAUCCGCAGGCUCGAACGCCUGAACGGUAUCGGUGUGUUUCCCAAGACUGCUGACGGACGGUCGAGCGCUGCCACUGCCAAUGCGGCCUCGCCCUCGGCAAUUGCAGGCAGUCGGGAACCUCUGAAGGCAGAGGAUACAUUACACGAUCUGUCUCUGUUUAAAAGUCCCGUCAUUAUUGUAGCCCUGACCGCGAGCAGUCUGCAGAGCGAUCGUCAUGAGGCUCUUGCAGCUGGCUGCAACGACUUUUUGACCAAGCCGGUUCGCUUUGAAUGGCUGGAGCAAAAAGUGACAGAAUGGGGUUGCAUGCAAGCCUUGAUCGACUUUGAAGGCUGGCGCAAAUGGCGCGGUUACGCCGAUGACACUCAGCCUUCGCCCACGUCUGAUGGCCAUACGAGUCCCAUGCAAACUGGCGGAGACGGAGUUUCGCGGAAACAGUCCCCUGUUAUACCACUCUCGCCAUCUUCUACUUUGAGUCAAGGAGCCACCAAGAAGGACCGCAAAACCCCCAGUUUCCCUAAACCCAUCGACGUUACACCCGAAGACUCUUCCGGCAGUGGUAGCGGCGAGGGCUUGGACUCACCUGCUAGUCCGGUAACAUCAGUCCCUGUUCCAGACGGUCCUGCAGAUCUUGAUGCACUCUAA